AUGGCUCAUCGUCCCGUUCCUCGAUUGUUCACAGCCAUCCUCAUCCUGUCCCUCCUCGUCACAGCGCGCUCCAGCAAAGUCUUUUAUUCUCUCACACGGUACGAGCAGACGGGCAACGCCAUCUGCCUCAAGGCGCGCGACGACAAUGCGGCGGCCGCCACGCAGAGCGGCGCGUUCGACCUCAACUACGCAGACAUCAUGUUCGCCGGCGUCAACCCCGGAGCCUCCAUCAGGGACGGCAACGGCAUCUGCUACGACAGCGCGGCGCCGGACAGCGCGUCGUUCCUCGAUAUACAGUACUACGUCAACAUCACCUCGUUCGGCCGCACCUACAUCGCGUCGCUCCCCACGCGCCUGCUGCCCGCCGCCAUCGCGCAGGCCUCGUUCAGCGUGAGCGUGUGGUGGAACCGCGUCACCGGUGCGGACGACAACAGCGGCGGCGGAGGCAGCGGCGGCAGGGGGUCUGACGGCACUGCUGAUGGGGGUGCGGCAGCGGCGGCGGCGGCGGCAGCGGCGGCUUCUGCGGCUGCUGUUGCUGCUGGUGCGGAUACGGGCGAAAGCGGGAGCCUGAGCGGUCAACAGCAGCAGCAGCAAGGAGGGGCGGAUGUGGUGGUGCUGAAGGCGGUGAACAAGGCAUCAAAGCCUCUGGACGUGAUUGGCGCGCCUACCCUCGUGACUCUCGACCCCGCUGACUCCCCCAAACUGCCCACCACAGAGACUGUUGCGGCCCCAGCAGCAGCCUACUCGCUCCGGUACACCACAUUCGACAUCGCCCUGCGCUACGUGCUCCCCAAGUACCUCACCCCAACCUACGCCUCCAACGGCCAGCUCUCCUUCGCUCCGCGAACCUCCCAACCAGGCGCCUCAGGCGCGGCCGCCAUCCUGUUCGCGUCGGAGCGAGACGCGGUGUACGCGGGCGGCGUCACGUGGAUUGUCUCGUACCUCGUGCAUCGCCCGGACCCGUCGCCCUCGUCCGUGGGCUUCCAGUUUAUGAUGUGCAUUGUGACAUAUCCUGGAUUUACGUAUACUCGUGCAAAAGCGCACGGUGAAAAACUGGAAAUAUUAACGAGGCACUCCGUAUGCAGUCGAGUUCCCAAACCCCACUUCCCCCAAGCCACCCCCCACUGCUGCGCAAUGUGCGCGCGCAUGCAGACCUUCAACACCAAUCUCUUCUCCGCAGAAUCCCCCCAUCGAUUCACGGAUUCCUCGAAUCCGUUCCUCCCAAUCAAUCUUUCGCCCACCAGCAAGCUUUCGCGCCUCUUUCGCCUCCAUCCUCCCAUUGCUAUGGCUCUCGCUGCCGUUUCCGCGGGCCUCUCUUCCCCCGUCAGCUACUCCGUCGGCAACCGCGCCGUUACAAACGGAGCCCUGUCCGCGUCAGCGUCCGCCUCCCCGCUUUCCAUUUCCGCGACCCGCCGCGCCUCUGCUGCUCCGCGGGGGUCCUCGUGGCUGCGCGGGUCCCCCGUGCAGCUUCCGCCGCGCGGGAUUUCGGCGGGAUCUCUUGGAGGAGCGGUUAAGCCCGUGCGGAGAGGCGGCGGAGGGGCUAUGACCGCGACGGCGGGAUUGGGAGACGCCGCGGGGUUGACGGCAGCUGCGUACGGCGCUUCUCUGCUGUUCGGAGGCCUCUUCGCGUACAUCCGCACGGGCAGCAAGUACUCGCUGGGAGGCGGGCUGACGGGAGGUGCUCUUUUCGCCACGGCCUUCUAUCUCAUUCAGAGCGCUCAGACGGAGUCCCUGGGCAACGCUCUGGGCUUCGGUGCUGGCCUGCUCUUCUGCGCCCUCUUUGCUAUCCGCCUCUUCCUCACGGGAAAGCCCAUGCCCGCCGCCCCUCUUCUUGCCUUCAGUGCUGCAGCAACUGCUGUUUUUGCAUCCGCCUACUUUGGCGCGUGA